GCACUGCCUGUCGUUAAGUUGGAUAGAUGACUUGAAACAACGUGAACCCAUUGAUGAUCACGAAUGAACUUAGACAUUUGUUGACCACAAAAUCUUCUUAGAUCUCGCACGAUAGAUUUCAAUACUUACUUUAUCAUCAAAUUUGCCUUUAUUCAUCACCUAAGUCCCUCAUAUUGUCAUUUUCCGUCAACAUGCCAUUGAUCGUUGCGCCACUAACGACCUCGGACACAACGUCUUGGACACGAAUCCGUACACUAGCCUACGCAGGUCCUACUCACAACAUUGUUCACUCUCGACCAGUCUCGGAGGAAACUAUCCGCAGAGUAUCUCUGGAUCGCCAGGCUGAAAUCGGGAAACCUAACGCAUGGCACUUCAAGGUCGUAGACACAGAGUUGUCACCCGCUGAGGACGAUCCACCAGAAAACGGCGGGCAGACAAUCGCAUUCGCUGUAUGGAGCGCCCAUAACAUCGACUUAACACCAGACGGGUACAUUCAAAACAAGACAACUGCCCAUUCUACAGAAGAAAGCACAGACGAACCUACUAUCAAUCCCGCGGAGACAGCAACACUUCCCACUGAAGCCCCCAGCAAAGACGCAGAGCAAAAGCUACCUUACCUUCCGCCAGAGCUACGUCUAGAAGUCCUCUCCGCACUUCUCAACCCGCUCCGAGAUGCCUGCACAGAGAUCAUGGGCUCGAAACCGUACCUCAUGCUCAACUCACUCGCCACGCAUCCGGAGCACCAACAACGUGGCGCGGGACGCUUGCUGUUGAAGUGGGGGUUGGAUGUUGCCGAUAGGGCGGGAUUGGAGUUGUAUCUGGAUACUUCCUUGAGGGGGAGGAAAUUGUAUGAGAAGGAGGGUUUCAGGCUUGUGAAGGGGGUGGAGUUCGAUAGGACGCCGUGGGGUGGGGAGGGUGUGGAUUGGCACGGAUGUAUGGUCAGGAGCCCCCGGGGAAAGGUUUCAGAAUAGAGUAGUAUCAUAGGAGUGCUUUCGGUCGGUGUUAUUAUAUUUACGCCCCGUUGAGACUGAUUAGGAAUGUUGGUUCACCACGAUGUCUGGAAUUGGUGAGCAAUUAGACCUCAAUACCUAGGUAAUUGCUAGAGUUUAGUAUAGAGAUAACAACUGAAAUUCGCAAUGAUGAC